AUGCGCGUCCCGCUAUUCAAACGGGUGAUCAUCGCGUUCCUGAACGUUCUCUUCCCACCACUGGCCGUGGCCCUCCUCUGCGGACCAAACGAGGACCUGAUCUUCAACUGCCUGCUAUUCCUCCUGGCCGUGAUCCCUUCCCAUGUGCACGGCUUUUACAUCUCCCUGACAUACUUCAACCGCAAGCGUAAGGUGCGGCGUGGCGUGUACCCGGGCGGGCCGAAGUCAGGCAUCUGGUCUGAGAAAGUCAACACCGGUGGCGUUGGGCGUAGGGAGGUCGAGAGGUUGAAGUACGACAAGGAGGAGAAGAAGAGACUCGCGAAGUCCGCCUCUCGCGGGUCUGGCGGUCUCGGGAGGAUCCUCAGCAGUGGGUUAAGUUCGCCGACGAGCCAGUCGAGUAGGGUGGUGGAGGAUUGGGAUGAUGGUACAGCUGGGUCGAUGAAGGAUUAUGAGACUGGAAGUGGGAGACGACACCACUCCAGCAGGAUCAUGCCCCAGACGAGCCAUCGCGCCAGAAGGGAGAGGCCCAGGUAUUACGAUGAUGAUGUCGACUAUUAG